AUGGACCACACCAUCAAGACCAGCUUCCUGAUCAUCUCCGAUACCCACGGAGAUGAGAAGAUAGCGGAAAAGCUGCUCAACCUCAAAGAAGAGGUUGACGUCGCCAUCCACUGCGGCGACCUCACCGAGGGCUCCGAGAUGAGCGAAUUUCGGUCAGCGUUUCAACUCCUCAAGGGGAUCAAAGCUCACCUCAAACUCGUCAUCGCAGGCAACCAUGACUGGGCGAUGGAUAACGUCACUUUCGACCGCAAGACUCGCGAAUACGUGGACCGCGAGACCAAGCACGGAGAGUUCACCCAAGGCGAUCACGACCUCCUGGAUAAAAGCUUCGGAACUCGCGGUGAAGCAAGAUCUCUCUUCGAAAGCACAGAAGCAAAGGCAGCCGGGAUCAUUUUCCUCGAUGAAGGAACUCACCACCUCACCUUGGCGAACGGCGCUAACUUGAAAGUGUACACCAGCCCUUACACAUGCUCGCGGGAAGCAGACUGGGGAUACCAGUACACUCCGAGCCAAGAGCACGAGUGGGAUAUCCCCACAGGAAUCGACAUCGCAAUCACCCACAGCCCACCGAGAGGCGUACUCGACCUCAUUGACAAGGAGAGACGCAACGGAGACUCAAGAGCUGGCAGCCCGAGCCUGUUCAACGCCAUCGCCCACUCCAAACCCAAAAUGCAUUGCUUUGGACACAUUCACGAGAGCUGGGGAUCAAAAUUGGUUACCUGGCGAGACGAUGUUCUUGAGGGCCAGCCACUCACACACUUCAACGCGAUCGAUAACGGAGCACCAAAGGACGAGAACAACAACUCGUCACUGCGCCAAAUUUCAGACGAAGGGGAACAAUACCCUCCCACCUUCGAACUCAAGCUGACCGCCCAGGAAGUUGGCCGUCAGACGCUGUUCGUAAACGCAGCACUCGAAGAACUCGAAAAGAGUCGGCCUCAACCUGCGUUCAUCGUCGAGAUGCCCUUGUCAGAGGCCCAGCCCACAACAGCGCCAGCGGCAGAAACAGUACUGCCAAAGCCUGAAGCUGCACAGCAGGAAUCCGAGGCUGCACAACCCAAGAAAAGGAAGCGCGAAAGCAACGAGCAAGAGACGCCGUUGCCAUUCAAGCGAGCGUGCUGGUGCUGA